AUGAAGCAACCUUCGCUGUCCCGACGAUGUGCUUGGGCCACGGUCUGGUGUUGGGUGAUGCUGCCGUUGGCCACAAGCAUGAAGCUCCUGGAGGAGUCAAACGCCUCGACAUUUGGAGCUGUCGCCACCAAGUCGAAGCACCACUUCAACGAGUCUGUCGCCGAUGUUCAGCAAGCUCUCAUCCUUCGCUCAUCGCAAGGUUCUCACCAAGAACGUGCCAACACCUCCAGGGACCAAGCUCUCGAUGCAGUGGUGUCUGCAAAGUUCUUCCACGAUAUCGGGGACGCCUUCGCAGACAUUGGUGAGACGCUUGCUGACGCCGGAAUGACCGCAGGCACUGCGAUGUUCAACGCAGCCGUCGUGGUCGGCAAGCAUGUCGUUGCAACAGCAAAAAUCAGCUAUGACACAUUGCCGCAAGAUAUCAAGCAAAUGGCAGAAGAUCUGGGAGAUGCUGCCGUUUCUCUCGGCCACACUGUUGCGGAUGUCGGGCAGCAGAUCGGCCAGGCAGCGGUGACCCUGGCGGGGGAUCUCAAAGACACCGCGGCGCGAGCCUACGACAAGGCCAAGAACCUGGCCAACGAUAUUCAAAGCGAAAUGCAAGCGGGACUUACGGCGCUAGGGGAUUCGAUCGCCAACGCGGCGGAGAAAUUCGGUGCCAUGGUCGCGGCGGUUGGUACGGCAGCUUGGGAGGGAAUCAAAGACUUCGUCGAGUGCCUCGCCAAUGCAUACAAUCCAUGCAAUCUUCUAAUAGGCGACCAGUGUGAUUGCAACGAUAGCAGCUACAUCAGCUUCGGCACUACAGUGUCGGUGGCGUGCAAAUUCAAGGCGGCGGCUGAUUUCGGGAAGGGCUUCUCCUUCCAGCCUGACCCCUUGAAGACGACAUUUGGGCAGGCCGAGAACGGCAAAGUCAGUCUGCCUGGGAGGGACUCGGAAGUGACGGAUCUUCCGAAGACGAAGAGGCUCAGCAAGCCAACGAAGUCGCUUGCACCCACGGGCUCCUGUGAGAGCAGCUUGGAACUGGCUAUCGAGGGUGGUGUACAGUUUCUGCCACUUGUCGAAGCUUCGAUCAAUCUCGGGAGCGGCGACACGACUUUCACCAUCCAUGGGCUGAUUAGGGCGUCGGUUGGUGCGCUGGCCAAGGCUCAAGGCAGUUGUUCCUUCAAUGCAGAGAAGCGCUUCCCGGAGAAGCCCAAGAAGAAGGCGAUCUGCGGGCCAGGGUUCUGUAUCAUCAUCCUUCUUCAGAUGGUCGCGGAGCUGGAGAUCACAGGCACCCUGACAGGAACGGUGGAAGUUGGAGCCGGCGUGGACUUCGAAGUUGAAGGCACGGUGAUCGUCAAUCCGACUGGAACGGCGUCGGUGAACUUCCAAUCACCCUCGAUCUCGCACCAGAAUGGAUUUUCGAUUGGGGCGAGUGCAUCUGCCUCCAUCCGCCUUGGUGCAGGGCCUGUCCUCACAGUGUUUCCAAUGCCUGGAGUGCCGGUCACCUUCAAUCCCAUGUUCCAUGCUGAAGCCAAAGCACAGGGCACAAUCAAGUUCCAGUCAACAAAUACCGUGGGCUCCCUCAUCGACAACUCCCACCCCGCCGGUCAGCUCGACAUGUGUGGAGCAGCCGCCCUGAACGUCUAUGCCGAUGUCGGCAUCAUCGGCUUUGCCCUGCCUCCAGAGUUCCGAAAAUUAUUCCGUCCUGCUCAGCUUGUGGAUAUGAUGAAGCAAGGCAUGAUUGACAACGCCAAAGCAAUGUUCCGAAUGAUAACAGGUGCUGCGAACUGUGCUGGCUUGGGCGCAGUGACUUCAGCCGUGGAAGACAAGUUCGUAGCUGUGGCAGAAGCUGGUGCAGCCGCCCUUUCGGGGCCUCUUAACCGCUUGCCGCUCGACUGGGCGCUCAAGGCCAUCGACCUGAUGCAGCCAAGGAAGCUCUUCUGCAAGACUGUCUUCACAACACCUGGUUUCUCGACGGCCCCCUGUGCGGCGGAUCUCGGCUGUGAGAAGUCCGGCAGGUCCAAGGAGCCCGGGAACGCGGCUCCUCCACCGGAGCAAGUGGAAAACACGAAUGUGUUGGAGCAUGCGGCGGCGGGGGCGUGCAGCGACAUUAAGUUCGGGGACCGGUUCAUUCAGCUGGGCGACUGGCGUUUGGCUGAAAUUGAUGACGAGCACUUCAGCAUCUCGUACAAGGACGGCUCCACCCAGGGUCAGAUUUGGAAGAAGGACGGCAGCGUUCAUGGCAACUUCGGCGGGGCCACUUUCAAUGCUUGGGGUCCGACGAGGCCAGUCCUGGCUCAAGCGAAGGGCAUCUCCUUUGGGUUCCAAUUCAUCCAAAUCGGCAACUGGCGCAUUGGGGCUGCUGAUAACGAUCACCUAUCGAUCACGCACAAAGAUGGAUGGAGCCCUAUGAUCUACAAGUUUGACGGCUCGCGGCACCCUAAAAUGCAGGGCGCCUUCUCGACCUGGGACCGCUCGGUGGGCGCGCCUUAUGGCGUCAGCUGGGGGCACAAGUUCUUGCAGUUCGGCAAGUUCCGCAUCGGCGAUCUGGAUGGUACUCACUUCGCGAUUAUCUACACGGAUGACGCAAAGAACUCAAGGGACGCAAAGCUCAUCCAGCUGUACAGGAAUGAUGGAACCCAGCACCCAGGCGCUUGGUGGAAAACAGAUCCCAUGAAUAGUGUAGCUCCCUCUGCGUGGACGUGCCCGAGCGUCGCAGAGAUUGCCUUCGGCCCAUGCGAUGCGGAUUUUGGAGCCUGGGGCGAUCGCUUCAUCCAGCUGGGGAAGUUUCGCAUCACAGCAACCGACGCCAAUCACUUGAGCAUCUCCCACAAGGACAAAAAGACUGCCGUGAUUUAUUCUGGAAAUCCAACCUCCCAUGGUGUCCACUACGGGCCAAGAGAUGAUUUUGGCGGCUGGGACCGGCCUACGGGCUUUCCACACGGAAUCAGCUUUGGGACGGGCUUCAUCCAGAUCGGCAACUUCCGUCUGGCGGCGAAAGAUGAGACGCAUCUGAGCAUCUCGCACCAGACAGCAGGGUGCAUAAGGAUCUUUGACUCUGCUGGAAAUCUGUUCGAUGGGAGAGGCCGGGACGACCACAACGCCUUCCUUCUACGCAGCACUGGGGCUCCCGCCGGCGUCACGUUCGGGGAAAAGUUCCUGCAGCUUGGGCAGUUCCGUCUCGGGGACAGGGAUGGUAGCAACUUUAUGAUCACCCACCUCACCGCCAACGGCGGUACAGGCAUCGAGCUUUUCAAUUCCUGGGGCCAGAGGUAUGUGAUCAAGGAAUGGCCAAGCCUCCAAUCAUGGUUCAGCGUCCUGAACUCCAGGCCUGCCCAAUAUCAUUGUGGCAGCGUCCAGGACGUGUUGGGGACGUGUCCAGGAGUGCUUGCGGGCGACGGCUUCUUGCAGCUUGGCAGCUGGCGACUUGGGGCGAACCAGGAUGCAGGUCACCUGGUCAUUACCCACGAACACGGCCAGACGGCGGUGAUCUACGUCGAAAAUGACGGGGCGACCGGGGCCCACUAUGUCCACCUUGGUCCGAGGCAGGACUUCUGGAAUGCAUGGGUUGGCGAGCCCAAAGCCCCCACUCAAGAUCACGAGGUGAAGUUCGGAGACCGCUUCAUUCAAAUGGGCAAAUUCAGAAUAGGCGAAGUUCGCACGGACAGGGAUCAUCUCGUGAUCUCUACCCCAAAGGGUGUGACGACGGAUAUCUUCAGGAGCGACGGCCACAGGUUUCAGGGGCCCCAUCGGGAUCCUACCUGGAAUCUUUGGUCAGAUUCACGGCCAGCUGGGGCGCCCGUGGGGGUUACCUUCGGAGACGGCUUCGCGCAAAUCGGAAACUUCCGAAUUGGAGAUGCGGGUGAGGGUCAUUUUUCGGUGGCACACGUGAGUGGUUGGACUUCGGCGCUCUUCACACCUGAUGGGAAUCAGCACUGGGGUGCCAGCAACGACUGGACUACAUUCGGUCGACCUCUCCAUGAGUGCACCGUCGUCGGGCAGCCCUGA